CUAUCAACUUCGGGCCUCCGCGCGCCGCCGCCGCCGGUGACUGCACGCCGACGCCGUCGCCGUUGUCGUCCUCCCUGCUCUCCGCCCCCGCACGCCGCCGAUCGAAACCCAUGGAUUCCCUCCUCGCCAACUACGCCUCUUCCGACGACGACGCCGACGAAACCCUACCUACCCCUGCCGCCGCCGUGCCCGCGGCCCGCCGCGAGGAGGCUUCCCGAGCGAAGCCUCCUCCCGCCGCGGCGGGUGGCAUCUUCUCGUCGCUGCCGCAGCCCAAGUCGGCGCCUCUCUUCUCCUCCCUCCCGGCGCCCAAAUCCGGGCCCGUCUUCUCCGCCAUCCCGCCUCCCAAGUCGUCGUCGUCCUCCUCCGCCGCCGCCGCAAACCCUAAGCGGGUUGUGCAGUUCCGCCCUCCGCCGAUCCGCCAGCCCACGGGCGAGAGCUCCGACGAGGAGGACGACGGCGCCGAGAAGCGCCGCCCUAGCGAGGCCGAGCCGCGGCCGCCCGUAUCUGCUGGCGCGGGGCCUGUUUCUUCGUUCCUCCCGCCGCCCAAGCACUCCCUCGGGCUCGGCUCCGGCGCCGCCAGGAAGUCGGCCAUAGACACUGCUGCGCCGGAGAGGUCAAAUGGUGGCGCUGCUGGUCCACCGUCCUCAGCUGUCAACGCAGUUGCCGCAGAAAAGCCCGAUACUAGCUCUGCGGAUGACGACGACGAUGAAUCGGCGAACAGCAGUGAUGAUGAGGAGGAGAUGCCUAUGCCGGAGGAGCAGCAGGAACAACAGAGGUUUGAUUCUGAAGCUGGACAGGUGCAGCAACAGCAGCAAAGCUAUGAUGCUGGAGUUGGGAGCAGUAAUGGACAGGAAGGCUAUGCAUGGGAUCCAAAUUACUAUGCCAAUUACGGUGCAAACUAUGGCUGGGAUCCGAGUGGCAAUGCGAAUUAUGGGACUGGAGCACAGUAUGUGGCAUAUGGAGGAGAGCAUGGUGGUGUGUAUGGAAAUACAUACGGAGGAGAGCAUGGUGAUGGAUAUGGGCAUUCGAUGGCGGUGUCAUAUGGAGGGGGAUAUACUGGUGGGUAUGAACACAAUGCGGCUGCUGCAACAGCACCACCUAUCCAGGAACCGUUACUGCCACCAGAGGUCGGCAGAAUUGGAGGGAAGAGAGGUAGGAGUGAUAUGCCGGCAGAGAUUUUAGAGGUGAACCAGGCAGAGCUGAUGAAGAACCGACCGAGGGAGGAUAAGUCCAAGCUCACUGGAAUGGCCUUUGGCCCUAGUUACCAGCCGGCCCCUUCGGCAAAAGGAAAACCCUCAAAGCUGCACAAAAGAAAGCACCAGAUUGGGUCUCUAUUCUAUGACAUGAAGCAAAAGGAGAUGGAGCUUGCCGAGAGGCGUUCCAAGGGAUUCCUCACGAAAGCAGAGACUCAAGCAAAAUAUGGAUGGUGAGCAUGGAUGCGGAAUAUGGUAAGACGGGCAUAUACGUUGGAUUUGAACUGUGUAUUUCGUUUGUUGUCUGAAUUUUUUUUUUGUUGUAAAUUGUUCUUGAUAAUACUAUAAACCAAUUUGUAAAACUAGUUGGAAUCAAACUUUCCCUCCUUUGAUAGGGUACUUUUCUUUGCAUU